UAUAGUUCUAGUUAUUAUAUUUCCAAAGUAAAAGUUAAGUUAGGCACUUUCUCUCUCUUUCUCUCUCUUUUCUCUUUUUCUUGUUUCUCUUUCUCUCUUACGCACAGAACUCAGAAAGAAAAACUCACACCACCAACUCUCAUCGCAUCAAUCAAACGCAAUCCUUUCUGAUCCAACCAACCCGCAUUCACCAAAAUGGAUUCCCGCUCACCUCCACCACCACCAACCAUGAUGGUGGGACCCACAUCUUACGCUCCGACUAACACCUCCAUGAUCAGCCCUAAUUCCUCCACCACCAACAUCAUGUCUCCGGCCACCGCUCGUUUUCCUUUCACCUCGCAGCAGCAACCGGACCCGUUCGCCGUCACUCACGACAGCCCUUCUUCGCCGUCCACCCUCGCCAAGAAAAAGCGUGGCCGGCCGAGGAAAUACUCCCCGGACGGUAACAUUGCCCUUGCUUUGGCUCCGAAUCGAGUUUCUUCCCCUGCCGCUGCUACAUCCGCUUCUGCUGGAGAUUCGGGAAACGCGGAGGCUCCUGCCAAGAAACAUAGAGGAAGACCUCCUGGCUCUGGGAAGAAACAGUUAGAUGCGCUUGGAGCUGGUGGGAUUGGAUUCACUCCACACGUAGUCUUGGUGGAGUCUGGUGAGGACAUUACGGAAAAAGUUAUGGCCUUUAGUCAGUCAGGCCCUCGAACAGUUUGUAUUCUUUCUGCCAAUGGUGCAGUCAGCAGUGCAACCCUUCGACAGCCAUCUGGUGGUAUUGCAAGAUACGAGGGCCAAUUUGAGAUCAUAUCGUUAUCAGGUGAUAUGCACCUAUCUGAAAACAGUGGUGAGCAUAGCAGACCAAGCAGUUUAUACGUUUCUCUUGCAGGGGCUGAUGGACGAGUUUUGGGUGGUGCAGUUGCUGGAGUGCUAAUUGCAGCCUCAACGAUACAGGUCAUUGUGGGUAGCUUUAUUAUGGAUUUGAAAAAGUCAAGCUCAAGUAUGGUGAAAUCUGGGCCUUCUUCAGCACCAACUUCCCAAAUGUUGAACUUCGGUGCACCUACAACUCCAACCAGUCCUACUUCUCAAGGGCCUUCAACUGAGUCAUCGGAGGAAAAUGAUCAUAAUAGUAAUUUUAGUAGGGGCCCUGCACUCUACAACAAUGCUAAUCAGCCUGUUCAUAAUAAUAUGCAGCAGAUGUACCACCAUCCACUAUGGGCCGGCCAAACUCAUCAGUGAAGACGAGACUUUGGAUUAACAGUGCAGAGGCAGGGUAUUUGUUGGAUGAUUGUUCAGAGUUUAGUGUCUAGAGGUCAAGUCUAAAAUGCUAACAUGCAUUAUUGAGGACUGACAUUAGAACAGUCUGUAUUAGUAAGGUUUAAGUUAAUCUCCAUUGCUCAGCCAGUUAGGAUGUUUUGUUCGUGUAUCCUUUAAUUAUAUAUAUUAGUAGUGAUUCUAAUGAUGCUGGCCGAGGAUAUGCUCUUGCAUUACCCAAAUUCUGUCAUUUUGGAGUUUGUUGUUACUCAGCAGCGAUGUAGCUAAAUCAGAUCUAUGCUAUUGCCCAUUCAUCA